UGAACUACAACAUGCAGAACAUGAAUAAAGAUUUACCUGAACUCUUUUCCAUGCUGAAAUCUGCUGAAGUAGAGAUUAAGAAGGAGAACCAAGUGUUGAUGGUCAACAAGACCACCGGUUUCAAAAAGCAGGGCAAGCCUAACAAGGGUAACUUCAAGAAGGGCGGCAAGAAAGUUGCAUCGCAUCCUGAGAAGCCUAAGGCUGGUCCUAAACCUGAGAUUGUGUGCUAUUACUGCCAGGGGAAGGGGCACUGGAAGCGCAAUUGCUCCAAAUACUUGGCCGAUCUGAAGAGCGGCCACGUCAAAAAGAAAGGAACUGCGGAAUAGACGAAGCCUGGCAAGAGACGAGGUGACGACGCGCG